UUUCUGAUUCCAGAGCCUAAACCUUCGAUUAAUGCACAUCUUUAGGGGGAACCCACAUAGCUAGACUGGGCUUUAGAAGAGAGUUAAUUUUGUUGGAGCACGAAAAUAGAAGCUAUAGGUGCAUCUUCAACUGCAUUGAGGUAAAACUGUAAUUAGUUCUAUACAGGUGGUUGCCAGAGGCAAAAGUAAUCUAAGCCCAAGAGCAGCUAAAAGGCCGGACUUGGAAAGGUCAGCACUGCAGGAAGCUUUGCCAAAGCCUCAAGAAGAAGUCUGUCAUGCCUUGGACAGCCUGUGUGAGCGCCAAGCUGGGAGUCAAAAAGAGGCAGAGGAGCCCGAAGCGCGUGGCUUCCUUCCAGGGACCAAGCCCUGCCAGGAAACCCCAGGUGGUUGCUUGCGAGACAAGCUGGAGGAGCAACGGGAGAAAACAGUAGAAAGCAGGCCUAGGCCAACUGUAUCCCACUCUGAGUGUCCUCCAGGCCACGGGGACUCCUGACUAUUCGUCUUAUGCCUCCUGGAAGGACUGUCAUCUAAUAUCCCUCUUCCGUAACAUAGGUGUGCUCUCUCUGGGGCUCUCCUUUUCUCUUAGGAGGUCAAUGACCCUAGAAUCCCUUUCUUUUUAGGGGGUUGGAGGGCACCCUUCUAAGUUGCCCCUCGUAGUAGCCACUUCUUCCUUGGAUGAGAGGGUUGGGUGGAACCCUCCUGCUCCGAUGAUGGAGGGCUUCUUUUACAAGCUCCCCACCCUCUCUGGGCUCUGGGUGGUGACAGAGUUCUAGUUCAACAAUGCCACGCCCUCGGUCCAAUAGCUUCCCUCGUUCUCUCAGAGGGCAGCUCCAUGGAAACCAAAACAUCACAACUCUAUGAAGUAUCGCGAGAAGCGCUGUUGCACUCGCGGCCGAGGAGAGGCGGAGCGAGGGCGGGAAGGCUGAGAAGAAGUGGGAGGAGCCUGGGCGCUUCCUAGGUUCGGGUGGGAAGACAGUUCCUCCAGGCGGCGCCCCCGCGUGACUGCGCUUUACAUAAUCGCGGCCUCGCGCGUCACAGUGGCGUACUCCAGUUCAGACCGAAUCAGUGUCGCCAAAAGCUCCGUGUUCCGCCCCUUCCUGCUUGAUCGACGUUGAAGUGAACCAGUGAACAGGCAUCUAGCACCAACGCGCCCGCCCCAGCCCGCCCGGGUCCGCCCCGGUCUGCCCGCGCCGGCCCUCCCGCCUGCCGCAGCCCGCAGCCUGCUGCCGCCUGGUUGUGCCUCAGACUGUCAGAUAAAGCUGUGGGCCGGCCGGCGGGGCGGUGAGCACGGCCCGGGCCGGACAUGGCGGCGCUCUACGCCUGCACCAAAUGCCACCAGCGCUUCCCCUUCGAGGCGCUGUCUCAGGGGCAGCAGCUGUGCAAGGAAUGUCGGAUUGCACACCCUGUUGUGAAGUGCACCUACUGCAGGACUGAGUACCAGCAGGAGAGUAAAACCAAUACAAUAUGCAAGAAAUGUGCUCAGAAUGUGCAGUUGUAUGGAACGCCCAAACCUUGUCAGUAUUGCAACAUCAUUGCAGCAUUUAUUGGCAAUAAAUGCCAGCGUUGCACAAAUUCAGAGAAGAAGUAUGGACCACCCUAUUCUUGUGAACAGUGCAAGCAACAGUGUGCAUUUGACAGGAAAGAUGAUAGAAAGAAGGUAGAUGGGAAAUUGCUGUGCUGGCUGUGCACACUUUCAUACAAACGGGUCCUUCAGAAGACCAAAGAGCAGAGGAAACACCUGAGCAGUUCUUCUCGUGCUGGCCAUCAGGAGAAGGAGCAAUACAGUCGCCUGAGUGGUGGUGGCCAUUAUACCAGCCAGAAAACACUUUCUACAUCUUCAAUUCAAAAUGAAAUCCCAAAGAAAAAGUCCAAGUUUGAGUCCAUCACAACUAAUGGAGACAGCUUUUCCCCAGACCUGGCUCUGGACUCACCAGGCACUGACCACUUUGUCAUCAUUGCCCAGCUGAAGGAAGAAGUGGCUACCCUAAAGAAGAUGUUGCAUCAAAAGGAUCAAAUGAUUUUAGAGAAAGAGAAAAAGAUUACAGAGUUGAAGGCUGAUUUUCAGUACCAGGAAUCUCAGAUGAGAGCCAAAAUGAACCAGAUGGAGAAAACCCACAAAGAAGUUACAGAACAAUUGCAGGCCAAAAACCGAGAGCUCCUGAAGCAGGCAGCUGCCUUGUCCAAGAGCAAGAAGUCUGAGAAGUCAGGAGCUAUCACCUCUCCGUGACAGACCAUGAGGAGGCUCCCUAGCAAUGGCAAAUGGAGUUGUCCUGGGUUAGGGUUGGCGACCUGGUCGUUCUCUGGGAAUUGCAGGCUUUCUUAAGAAAUCUCUAUUUUAUUACAGUUAUCCUUCUUUGUGUGAUUGCAGUGGGCUGAAUGGAAACACCUGGUUUGUGCUGUGUUAUGACUGCAUGCUUGAGUGUUUGGAGUUUCAAGCUCUCUUUCUCUUUCUCUCUCUUCUAGAACCUCCUCCUCCUCCUCCUCCUCUUCCUCUUCUUCUUCCUCUUCCUCUUUCUCUUUCUCUUCUCUCUUUCUCUCUCUUUUGGUAAUACUCUUUUUUUUGUGGUAGUCACUGCUCAGUGUAAUGUGCAGAAUGAUUUUUUUUUGGUCCAUCAUUGCAUCCUGCCAUACCCAUGAGCAAAUUGUUUGGCAUUAAUUAUAUACACUGCCACCUUCUGAACUUUGAAAACUGCCACCUUAAGUCUUGGUACAAUGGAAGAGGCUUUCUCUCUCCAAUAAACCUUUUGCUUCAGGGUAUCUCUUGGGUUUUUUUCCAGAUAUAUUAUGUAUGAACUUUGUACUAUGUAUAGCCAGAGUUUUAUUUAUUUUUUAAAAAAGAAACUUUUUCUUGAUAAAGGAAUAAUGGUAGCCUAGCCAGUCCUUCUUGUAAAAGUUAUGCCUCUUGAAAAAAUAUAGUCCUAUUCUCUAGCUUUUAGUAAAAGAAUCAGAUCUUUUCUUUCUUGUUACCUUGGAGUCUUAAAAACUGAUUGCUAAGGUGAAACAAUUCAAUGCAUAAGUAUGGAGUUAAGUGCCUUUUGGAAGAUUUCUUGGAAGAAUAUUUAAGGAGAUACUUAAGGGAGAUAGCAAAGAUUUGAAUAGUCUGUCUUUUUAAGUAAGGACAGAAAGAAAGGUUGUCCAGGUUGUACUGGACACUUCCCUCCCCUACCCCUUUCCUGAUUGUUUUAUGUGAUUGAUUUUAAAUUCUCACACUGCCACUUCUUUUUAAAAAUAUAUCCUUUAUUUGCUUAUAUCAGUUGUCAUACUGAGCUAAUGUCAGAGAACUUUUUUUUACAUGAGAAGAUUAAAAAUAGGAUAAUAUUUGAACCAUAGAGCAUUUCUGGUGUCAGCACAAGCUGCUCAAGUAAGGACUCUGAGUCCAACUGGGAGAAGUGAUAUCACCAUACUUCUCCCCACUCCUCCUCACCCACCCAGCUUGUAUACUUCCCGCUUUGAAUGGAAAGGUGGAAACAGGUACUUCUUAGAAGCACGUGGCCUUAGCCAGAGUCGUGUGUACCCUGUUUUUCCUUCUUGACCCAAAAGGCACAUGGAUUUACUUUUCCAGGAAAGGGGAUAGAUUUGAAUUUACCCAUACUCUCAGGUCCUCUAUGUGGUGUUUGUGAAAGGAGUUAGGGAUGUAUUGUUGUGUCAUGAAACAGAGCAAAAUUAACUAUCCUGGAAUUAUUAAUGCAGAGUAUACUAGAGUUAAUCAUGAGGGCAGAUCACAUUUGUACCUCAGUCUACCAAAAUAGUAGCAGUAAAUUUAACUUUCUAGGCAUCUCCUAGAAACAGAUGCUCUAUAAUUUGUGAUAGCAUUCUCAUAAGUGGAGCCAUGCAUGUAAUUGUACUGAAAUGUGGAAAUGGAUAGCUUCCUUCUGAUAAGAGAUACAAUGGACCAUAUUGCUUAUAUAUCACCCUAGUAGGGAAUGUAAUUCCCUUCUAAGCAAGGGAAAUGGCAGUGCUAAAUAGUUUUAUAACUUUUUGAAUGAGAAACUUUUAGGUACAGAUAAACUGUCAGAUAGUAUUUUUCAGAUUCAUUUGCAUUGACUAUGGGGAAAAGAUUGUGAAAAAUGAUAGUCAUGGUUUUUUUUUUUAAUUUUAAAGACUGAAAUUCUGUUAUGUGAAGUUUGACAAUAUAAAAACACAUAUUUAGUUUUAUACUAAAUCCUUUUUUAAGGUCUUGGCAUUUAAUAUAAAGGAAAUCCACACAUUUUCUAACUUUCCGUAAGUUCCAAAAAGGGAAGGAAGAAACCUCAGACUUGAAAUUUUGAUUUUUAAAAAUCAUGACACUGUUUUACCAUGAAAUUGAGUAGCUAAUUUUUGGUAACACUUUUUGUUUCUUUGUAUGUUUGUAAUAAUGGACAUUUUAAAACACAGGAAUGUUUUAGUUUGUACAGACUUUCACAAAUGUGUGUUAAUAAAAAUUCAUAUUGACUCAAG